AUGGGUCUGCUUGGGCUGAUCAGAAAAUUCAAAAAUCAACCAGGGAAAGAAUUCAGGAUAUUGUUGCUCGGCUUGGAUAAUGCCGGUAAAACAACGAUAUUGAAGAAUUUAGCUUCAGAAGACAUACGACACAUUACACCUACACAGGGCUUCAAUAUUAAAAGUGUAGUGUCAGAUGAUGUGAAACUAAAUGUGUGGGAUAUUGGUGGACAACGAAAGAUUCGUCCAUACUGGAAAAAUUAUUUCGAGAAUACCGAUGUUUUGAUAUAUGUAAUCGACAGUUGUGAUCGUAAACGAUUUGAUGAAACAGGCAUGGUAAAAAAAUUAAUGGUACUAACAGCACAGAAUAUACGGUCUGCAGCUGUUUUCAGUGGAGACAUCGGCGCUUUGAAACUAUUGCUUGUUAUAAAAAAUUAUGCUUUGAAGGAUAGAUUUGAAAGAGAGCUCUUUGAACUUUUGGACGAAGAGAAACUCAAAAAUGUCCCAUUAUUGGUUUAUGCUAAUAAACAAGAUUUGGUAACGGCAGCUAAAGCAAAUGAAAUAGCGGAGGGUUUACAACUAUUAUCCAUCCGUGACCGAUCUUGGCAGAUUCAGGCAUGUUCUGCUGUUACUGGAGAAGGUAUUAAGGAUGGAAUGGAUUGGAUUUCGAAAAAUUUACGAAAACAACAGAAGUCGAAAUAG